AUGACAUCGUCUAUUAGCGAUUUUUAUGAAGGAAAAAAUCUUAUAGUAUUUGGAUCAACAACAUUUCCUGGAAAAGUUUUAUUGGAAAAAUUAUUACGUUCAUGUCCAAAUAUUAAUCAAAUCUAUUGUCCAGUACAAAUAACUCCAGAAAAAUGUAAUCAUCUUCUAUCACCCAUUGAUAUAUUUGCUGAAAUCUAUACAACAAAAUUAUUUGAUCGUGUACGUCGUAAUAAUCCUAAGUUUCAAGAGAAAAUUAUUCCAUUUGAUAUUAAUAUAUUAUUUUCAUCAAAUGAUGAGAAAAAUUCCGAUAUUGAAGUACAAGAAAUCUCGCAAUUAAUAUCUCAUAGAAACUUACAAGAUACAAUUGAUUUAUGCUUUUAUAUGGCAAAUAAUUCUGUAGAUUUUAAAGAACAAAAUCUCAAAGACUUAAUUCAAACAAAUGUUAUAGAUCUCAAAAGUAUUUUAAGUUUUCUAAAAACUUGUACAAAACUUAAAUCAAUUGUUUAUCUAUCAUCUAUAUACGCAAAUAUUGAUUGUCCAUAUAUUGACGAAUGUGUAUAUCCAUGUUCGAUUGAACCUCAUAAAUUAGUUGAUGCUCUUGAUUGGAUGGAUAAAGAGAUGGUUGCAUUAGCUACACCAAAAUUAAUAGGACCAAAACCUAAUGCAUUUUCAUUUUCUCAUUGGCUUGCCGAAAGUAUUUUAUCUGCAGAACAAAAAAAUCUUCCAUCAUUAUCAAUUGUUCGUGUAUCAAUUAUUGGUGCAGCAUGGAAAGAACCAUAUCCAGGUUGGGUAGAAAAAUCAAAUGGACCAAGUGAAUUAUUCGUAGCUGCUGGUCGUGGUUAUUUACGUUCAAUGAAAGGUGAUUCACAUGAUAUACUCGAUAUUGUACCUGUUGAUAUUCCUGUUAAUUUAUUAAUUGCGGCUGCAUGGCAGAAAUAUUUAGAUGAAAAUUCUGAAAAUAUUACAAUUUAUCAUUGUACAUCAAGUGGUCUUAAUCCAUUUCAUUGGCAAGAUAUGAGUAAUUAUUUAACUGAAUAUUCUAAACGUAUACCAUAUGAACAUGCAUUUCGUCGUCCUAAUUUAUCUGUAACAAGUCAUAGUUUAAUACAUGAUUCUUAUGUAUUUUUUUCACAUCUAAUUCCAGCUCAUUUAGCUGAUAUUGGUUUACGUUGUAUUGGUCAAAAACCACAUAUUGUUAAUAUUUAUAAAAAUCUACACCGAACACUUCUUUCACUUGAAUCAUUUCAAAUUCGAGGUGAAAUACAAUGUUCAUAUGAUAGUUUAAAUACUUUAAGACAGUUAUUAACUGAAACAAAUACAGCAAAUGAAUUCUAUUUUGAUAUACGUGCAUUACAUUGGCCAACAUAUAUUGAAUCAUAUUUAAUUGGUACAAAACGUUAUGUUUUAAAUGAGGAUACACAAUGUUUUAAUGGUGCACAAAAACAUUUAAAUAAUUUAAGAAAUAUACGUUGGACAUUUAAUACAAUAAUACUUGUUCUCUUAUGGCGAAUAUUUAUAUCAAAACGUCCUACAGCAAGAAAUCUUUGGUAUUUUAUAAUAAAUUUUUUUGUGGCAAAAUUUGUUCGAUUCUUUAAAAUUUUAAGUGCUGGAAAUACUUGA